UUUCAUGAUACUUCAUCACUUCUUUAUACUUUAUUCUUUUUAAAAUAAAAGACUAUUUAAAAUUCUAUUUUGUAUUGUACCAUACACCAAAAAUGGUGAAUUGCGCUCAACAAUAUUGAAGAACCGUCCCUUGUUUUUCAUCAACUAAAGAAAGGCCAAUUCAGCUUUUAGAAAGCCAAUAUAUUCAAUGAGUGUUGUCAUUAGUCUCUUUGGCAAUGACGUGCCUUAAAAACUAUAAUUUCUACUGUUAUGAGCAACUAUAAUUUCAUCAUGGUUGAUUUUGAUGUAUCAGUAGUGAUACCUGCUGCUGGCACUGGUCAAAGAAUGGGUUCUGAAACACCAAAACAGUAUCUCCAGAUUGUAGACAAACCACUCAUCUGUUAUGCAAUCGAAGCAUUUGAGCAAAUUCCCUGGAUACAAAAAGUCAUUGUAGUUGGUCCAUCUGCCGACCAUCAAAGACAGCACUUAGAAAAUAUUAUUCGAAACUUUAAAUACGGGAAAGUAGUUUGCGUCAGUGGUAAGCCCACCAGACAUGGGUCAAUAUUUAGCGGUAUCAACUUUUUGGACACUUGCAAGAAAAGCCCAGAUGUAGUAAUCGUUCAUGAUGGUGUACGUCCGUUUCUUGAAGAAAGUUUAUUAAAAGAAGUUGUGAUUGCCGCUAAAAAACAUGGUGCCAGUGGCGUUGUUAGACCUUUAGUGUCAACAGUCUUAGCUAAAAACCUGAAUGGAUUUCUCAGUCAUUCGUUGGACAGGUCAAAGUUUGUUGCUAGCGAAAUGCCUCAAGCUUUUCACUUCGACGUUAUUCUCAACGCAUAUAACAAAUGUUCUCAACAUGAUAUUGAUUACGGCACGGAGUGCUUACACCUAGCUUUAAAAUACUGCAAUGUUGCAGCAUUUUUAAUCGAUGGCCCAGAUUAUCUUUGGAAGGUAACUUACAAGAAGGACUUAUUUGCUGCAGAAGGGAUAAUCAAAGCUAAUUUACGACAAAGCGCUGUGUUCAUGCAUGGUCGUGCUCAGCCAAUUCUCGCAAAUUUAUUGAAAAGACAGUUUGAAAUAAGCCAAAUCAACGUUAUCGAUUACAACGAGUCAAUGACGAAUCUAGAGAAAGUAAACAUUGUAGUGGAUUUUUCAUUUCUUUUCAACGGCAAUAAUUUGGAAAAUCAUCCAAAAGAAGAUGUUGUCCGGCAUUUACAAACACUGCAUAAAAAUAAUAUAUUUGUUACUCUUUGUGGUGGAGAUGAACAGAUGACGAUAAAAUUGAGGAGAAAGAUGGACGAGAUGUGUAAGAAAAACAGUGGCUUCAUAUGCUGUGCAGUGUGGUGCGAGAACUUCUUUAAUCCUUCAUCAAAUGAACUCAUUGAGCGAUUUUCGGAAAUGAUCGUCACUGUUGCUAAGGAAACGUCACAAAUUUGCAAUGGACAAGUAUUUACGGUACUAGAUAGCCAGUAGAUGCGUGAGAAGAAUGUGCAGGUUUUUCAGAGAUUCGAACUUACACAUGAUAUGGUUUUUAUAAUUAGACCUGUAAACAUUCACUUACACAUUUGUUCGUUAUUUACUGUUUUUAACCGAAUCUUGUAAUUCACAGCAUGUACUCGUGAAACAUAGCUAUUUACGGUACAAAAAGUUUACAUAUUUUAUUGAUGCUGUAUAUAGUCAUCAUUAAUUUAAACACGCAGAUAUUUCUAAGAUUAUUAUUAUUUAUCUGACUGCGUAUAUUAAUGAUAUUAAGCUCCAAAUAAAUACAAGUAUACACGUCUUA